AUGGGGCUCUUCAAGCGCAAUUCGAAAACCUCCGAACGGGAUGAGAAUGAAUCCUUCGUCUCCGUCAAUAGCGCGCGAAACUCAAAUACAUCCCUCCGAUCACCAGGAUACAAAGGCAGUGGUCCACCAGCCUCAAUUCCUGAACUACCCAUCGCAAGGCCCCCAGACCCGGCACUAGACCCCGCCGCAUAUCUACGCAGCAUCCAUGCCGUGCGCGAACGCUCCACCAUAAUUCUAAACAAAGCGAAAGCCAACGCCCUCAACCACUUCGAUGUCGACAUGACCAAGUUCGAGGCCACCGCCUCCUACGUCGUGUCAAUCAUUAAGAGAGACUACGCCCCGGAUUACGGGGACAUCCCACCCCAUGGCCGCUGGCAACAUUUCGAUAUCGGCGGGAGACCCCGCAUAAAUCAGCUGCUGCAGUCCUGGCCCAGCCGGGUGGAUGCGCAGGAACGCACACGCCGACUCAUCGACUUAUUUGUGGUCUCGGUGCUGCUCGAUGCGGGCGCCGGGAAUAAGUGGUCCUAUCGAUCGAAGGAGUCCGGCAAGGUCUUUUCACGGAGUGAGGGGUUGGCUGUGGCGAGUCUGGAAAUGUUCAAGUCCGGUCUGUUCAGUAGCGAUCCGACGGAACCGUGUCAGGUGGAUGGGGCGGGGUUGAAGAAGAUUACGACCGACGUCCUGGCCAAGGGGAUGCAGCAUUCCGAGCAGAAUCCGUUGGCGGGCAUCGACGGGCGCGCGGGCUUGUUGGUGCAGCUUUCCGAAGCGCUGAACAAUCAGGAUUUCUUCGGCGUGGAUGCCAGACCGGGAAAUAUGCUGGAUUAUCUUCUCGGUCAUCCGUCAACGCUAGCUUCGUCCGUUCCAAUUGUGCCAAUCACGACACUGUGGUCUGUGCUGAUGGAUGGAUUCUCUCCUAUCUGGCCCCUCUCACGAACCCAAAUUGACGGCGUACCUAUUGGAGAUGCCUGGAAAUGCACAGAUCUUCCCAAAUCGCCACCCGCACAGCAGUGGGAAAGCAUCGUCCCAUUCCACAAGAUCACCCAAUGGCUCUGCUACUCGAUCAUGGUCCCCAUGUCCAAAUUGAUGCACAUCCACUUCGCCGGCAGCGAACUGCUGACCGGACUGCCGGAAUACCGAAACGGAGGCCUUUUGGUCGAUCUGGGACUCUUGAGUCUCAAACCAAACGAUAUGCAGCGCGGAAUUGAUGCAUAUAAGGAGAACGCGCGGAUCAAGGGUCAACCCAAUGUGGAAGUUGCCCCCCUGUUCUCCGUCGACGACGACGUCAUUGUCGAAUGGCGCGCUGUUACCGUUGGAUUCUUGGACGAACUCCUAGAAGAGGUCAACUCUCAGCUGGGGCUCAAUGGAUCCGAAGAACAACUUUCUCUGGCACAAAUGCUUGAGGCUGGAACUUGGAAGGGUGGACGCGAAAUUGCAGAAGUCUCAAGACCCAACACCAAGGAACCUCCCAUCAUGAUACGAUCUGACGGCACUGUCUUCUAA